AUGAAUACAUCCUCCAAACCAUUCAUUAUUAGACACAUACAAGAGAACUAUUUGGUGUCAUCUGAUUCAUCUUCUUUCGAUGCGAUUGUGGAGAAAAGAAUAUAAUUUGUGCAAGGAGCAAACACCUUCAUAGCAGUGAUGUUGAGUUAUGAUAGUUUGUAACAUGGAUUCCAAUUUUUCUAAUAUUAUGAUAAGUGUCUGUCAUAUGCGUAUAUGAUUGGAGCUUUGUUGAUAGGGAAUAUAUUUUGGAUUUUGUGUUCAAUUUUUGGGUUUUAUUCAAUCGAUGCCAAGAAUUCCCAGAAAAUUCAUAGGGGUAUUAUUUUGCAUUAUUGUGGGUUUUGUUUACAAGGAUUCUUGUCUAUGGAUAUAUGGCAUAUCAAAUGA